CCCUCUACAUCACUCUCCUGAUAAGCCAGAAGAAACACCACUAAAGGGCUAAUCGCAACCGCAAGCAGCAACCAUGAACGGCACAGAGGGACCAUUUUUCUAUGUCCCUAUGGUAAACACCACCGGCAUUGUCCGGAGUCCUUAUGAAUACCCUCAGUACUACCUUGUCAACCCAGCAGCUUAUGCUGCCCUGGGUGCCUACAUGUUCCUGCUCAUCAUUCUUGGCUUCCCCUUGAACUUCCUCACUCUGUAUGUCACCAUCGAACACAAGAAGCUGCGAACCCCUCUAAACUACAUCCUGCUGAACCUUGCGGUGGCUGACCUCUUCAUGGUGUUUGGAGGAUUCACCACAACGAUGUACACCUCUAUGCACGGCUACUUCGUCCUAGGACGCCUUGGCUGCAAUUUGGAAGGAUUCUUUGCUACCCUCGGUGGUGAGAUUGGCCUCUGGUCACUGGUUGUUCUGGCUGUUGAAAGGUGGUUGGUUGUCUGCAAGCCCAUCAGCAACUUCCGCUUCGGUGAGAAUCACGCAAUCAUGGGUUUGGUCUUUACCUGGAUAAUGGCCUGUUCUUGUGCCGUGCCCCCUCUUGUCGGCUGGUCUCGUUACAUCCCCGAGGGCAUGCAGUGCUCAUGUGGAGUCGACUACUACACCCGUGCAGAGGGUUUCAACAAUGAGUCCUUUGUUAUCUACAUGUUCAUCUGCCACUUCAUCAUUCCAAUGUCUGUCGUGUUCUUCUGCUACGGCCGUCUGCUCUGUGCUGUCAAGGAGGCUGCUGCUGCCCAGCAGGAGUCUGAGACCACUCAGAGGGCUGAGAGGGAAGUCACCCGCAUGGUCAUAAUGAUGGGUGCUGCCUUCCUGAUAUGUUGGUUACCCUAUGCCAGUGUGGCCUGGUACAUCUUCACACAUCAGGGCUCUGAGUUCGGACCAGUCUUCAUGACCAUCCCGGCCUUCUUUGCCAAGACUGCUUCCAUCUACAAUCCAUUGAUCUACGUCUGCCUGAACAAGCAGUUCCGCCACUGCAUGAUCACCACCUUGUGCUGCGGGAAGAAUCCCUUUGAGGAGGAGGAGGGAGCAUCCUCUACUGCCUCCAAGACCGAGGCAUCCUCUGUCUCCUCCAGCUCUGUGUCUCCUGCAUAAAAGGGCCAUCAACACAGGCUCCAUGAUCCACUAUCCAAGAAGAAGACUCCUGCUCCCCCUGGGAAACGACUGAAGGCUAAUGUCUACAGAAAUAUCUUCCUUUUUGUAUUUUUACAAACGAGUUGGUUCAACCUAAAGACAGUUGCAGGAAAGCUCAGCCCAUUACAGAGUUGUUCCUGUAUGUACAGAAUAUCCAACUUAACAAAUCAAAUGAGAUUUUUUUUUCCUGAGAGGAAAGGGAAGAAUGUUAAUCUUUUACAGUUGGAUCCUAUAUGAUACUGGCUUAUUUUUGAAUGUAGAGGCAUGUAAUCAAGGCAACGUAAAAUAAAACGCACUUUGCAAAUGA